AUGGAACGAGGAAGAAGAAGAAGAAGGAAGUUCGUUCCAAGGGUAAAGGAAUUAAUCUGCGAAUAUUCUCCCGUAAUCUGUUUCCUUCCAUUCAUCACUCAAAGCCUUCUAAACAUCCAUGAUUGGAAGCAAACGUACGAGAAGCAAGAACGCCGUGACGACUUAAUCCUUGAUAUGUUCAAGCCAACACGAAGGUGCGGUGUCGAACCAGUCGCCGCACUCCACUGCUAUGACCACGGCUCCACAUCACGACCUUGUGGCCACCAUCGCGGUCUCACCUUAAGAAGUAGAACAACUCCUGCAAAGUCAACCCUAGCUUGA